GUGACUUCGCUUGUGGCCAUUUUGUGUCUUGCUUCGCCAUUUUUUCUCAGUGAAUUUCACGUUUUCUUCUGCUUGUGUCGUCAAAGACUUAAAUAAGUAGUUUAAGUAAGUCUAGUCGGUUUUAUAGUCAAAACUAUUGUGUACAAUGGGAUCUUCGCGUCACAGAGAUCGUUCUAGAGAUAGAGAUCGGGAAAGAGACAGUUACAGAGAUCGGGAUCGGGACCGCGACCGUGAUAGGGAUCGUGAUCGUGAUAGGGAUAGAGACAAGAGACGUCGAUCUAGGGAUCGUGAUAGAGAUCGUCACAGGAAUAGAGAUAGGUCUAGGGAUCGUUAUAGAGGUCGAAGUCGUAGUAGAAGUCCGCCUCGUAAACGUGAAAGAACACCAGAGGAGCCAGAUGGAGAAAAACUUAUUCAAGAUACAUUGGCCACCCUAGCAGCAUCAAGAAAUUUUGCCAAUUUAAUUCAGCAAGCACAAGGAGAAAAUUCUAACCAUAGCACAGGUAGUCAAGAAUCUGACUCGGCUGCUGAGAGGAAACGCAAGAAGAGAUCUCGAUGGGCUGGUGGUGAACAUGAAAAGAUAUUUAUUCCUGGCAUGCCGACAAUAUUGCCACCCAACUUGAACAAGGACCAGGAACAAGCUUAUUUAUUGCAACUGCAGAUCGAGGAAGUCAGUAGAAAAUUGCGUUCAGGCGACCUAGGGAUCCCAGCCAACCCAGAAGAAAGAUCGCCAUCUCCGGAGCCAAUUUAUAGCAGUGAUGGCAAACGGUUGAACACCAGGGAAUUUAGAACUAGAAAGAAGUUGGAAGAGCAAAGACAUGCUUUGGUUAUGCGAAUGCAAGCGAUCAACACAGAAUUUAAGCCGCCGGCAGAUUACAAACCCCCUGUUACAAGAGUAAGUGACAAAGUUAUGAUUCCACAAGAAGAACAUCCCGAAAUAAACUUUGUAGGUUUAUUAAUUGGGCCAAGAGGCAAUACAUUAAAAACGAUGGAAAAAGAGACUGGGGCCAAGAUAAUCAUAAGAGGAAAAGGAAGUGUGAAGGAAGGCAAAGUUGGGAGAAAGGAUGGUCAGCCGUUGCCUGGUGAAGAUGAACCAUUACAUGCUUAUAUUACCGCUACUAACCCAGAGUGUGUAAAGAAAGCAGUCGAAAAGAUUAAAGAAGUUAUCAGACAAGGCGUUGAAGUACCGGAAAAUCAGAACGACUUACGAAGGAUGCAGCUGAGAGAAUUAGCACAGUUGAAUGGUACUUUGAGAGAGAAUGAUGGCAUGAGGUGUAGUAAUUGUGGCGCGAUCGACCACAAGUCUUGGCUGUGCCCAGAUAAGCCAAACGUCACAAACAACAUUGUGUGCUCUAGUUGUGGUGCCGCAGGACACAUUGCUAAGGAUUGUAGAUCGAAGAGACCCGGUCAAGGAGGACCACCUUUGCCCUCCGAACAAGCAAAGAUUGAUGAAGAAUAUAUGUCGCUUAUGGCUGAAUUAGGUGAAGGUCCGCCGCCAGCACCCAAUGGAGACCAAAAUGUGGCUAAGCGACCGGCAUUCAACGUUUUCACGGCAUCAGCGCCUCCUAGACCUCUUAUGCCCCCACCAGGAGCACCGCCGAUGGCUCCUCCUCCAUGGGGGGCACCUUGGUGUCCAGCGCCCAUGGGUCCACCCGGUCUCCCGCCUCCUCCACCACCCCCAGGUGCUAGUUCACCGCCUUCUCUUUUACCACCGUGGGCGGGACAACCACCACCACCAGGAGCUGGAGGGCCACCAUGGGGACCACCAGGAGACUUUCCUGGAGCCCCACCCCCAUUUUGGCCUACCGGAAUCCCUCCAUCUAUACCCCCACCACCUCCUGGCUUGGACGUCACUAGUUUAUUGACAGCUCCGCCUCCACCGCCACCUUCAAGCUAAGAAUAGAAAAUUUAGCUAAUUAAAGAUAUAAGUGACUAAUUUAAUUAAUUAAUUAGUAUGUGUAAUAAUUGUAGACAUCUUAAUUCAACUUUUUUUAAUGAUUAAAAUUAUUAAUGAAUUUUAUAUUAAUUGUAGUUAAUAAAUAUAUAAACAUACUUUCGUUUAAUACUAGCUCUACACUAUAUCAACGUGCAGUAAAUAAAAAAUAUUUACAAGUA